CUGAAGGCCGGAGUACAGUUUCAAAGCAGCCCAAGAAAGAAGGGGAAUGCUGUUCAGGAAAUUCUUCAGGCAUGGGCAGGGCCUUGGCUGCAGUUCUCAGUUGGAAAAUCUGACUGGGGAGGCUUCUGAACGGGCUGGGCCUGCUCACAGCCGCUGCCUCCUUCCCAGCCUCCGGGCACACUGGAUUACUGCCGCCCGCCCAGAGGAGUACAUGCGAGAUGCCUCAGGAACAGUACAUGCAGCACAGGAGCACCAUGCCUGGCUCUGAGGGGCCCCAGGUCUACAAGGUGGGGAUUUACGGCUGGCGGAAGCGGUGCCUGUACUUCUUUGUGCUGCUCCUAAUGAUCCUAAUCCUGGUGAAUUUAGCCAUGACCAUCUGGAUUCUCAAAGUCAUGAACUUCACGAUUGUUACCUGUGCUAAGUGGUCAAUGUCUGUGCUGUAUCCAAGGACACAGGAUGGAAUGGGAAACUUGAGAAUCACAGAGAAAGGUCUAAAGCUGGAAGGAGACUCUGAAUUCCUACAACCUCUGUACGCCAAAGAAAUCCAGUCCCGACCAGGUAACGCUUUAUACUUCAAGUCUGCCCGGAACGUCACAGUGAACAUUCUCAAUGAGCAGACAAAAGUGCUCACCCAACUGAUAACAGGUCCAAAAGCUGUAGAAGCUUAUGGCAAAAAGUUUGAAGUGAAAACUGUCUCUGGCAAAUUGUUGUUCUCUGCAGAUGACCAUGAAGUGGUUGUGGGAGCCGAGAGAUUACGAGUCUUAGGAGCCGAAGGCACAGUGUUCCCCAAAUCUAUAGAGACACCUAAUGUCAGGGCAGACCCCUUCAAGGAACUCAGGCUUGAGUCUCCAACCCGGUCUCUGGUGAUGGAGGCACCAAAAGGCAUAGAGAUCAACGCAGAGGCCGGCAACAUGGAAGCCACCUGCAGAACAGAACUGAGACUGGAGUCCAAAGAUGGAGAGAUUAAGUUAGAUGCUGCAAGAAUCAGACUACCUAGACUGCCUCACGGAUCCUACACGGCCACAGGGACAAGGCAGAAGGUCUACGAGGUCUGUGUCUGCGCCAACGGGAGGCUCUUCCUGGCCCAAGCAGGGACUGGCUCCACCUGCCAGAUCAACACAAAUGUCUGUCUCUGAGGGACAUUGCUUGGUGGACACUGGCUGCCAAGGACCAGGCCUUCCUGGCUCCAGACUCUGGCUACCAUCUCUUUUUACUCCAACACAGAAAGCCUAUCAAAGACUUUGUGUGUGUGUGUGUGUGUGUGUGUGUGAAUGUGAGUGUGUUUAUCCAUGUGUGUGUGCUAAGCGUGUGUAGGUGGAUAUAAAUAUAUAUAAAUAUAUAUAAAUAAAUAUAUAUAUAUCCUCUGUAUAAAAUGAGGUUUCAGUACAAAAGAAACCAUGGGGUGACCCUGUGAUGCCCACUGUCACAUCCAUCCCAGCCCCACCAAGCACGCAAUCAUACCUGAACUCCCAGUCAGACCUGAGCUCCCUGGCCCCUUGCCUCAAUCCAGUGUGCUGCACUCUUGCCAAGGUGCACCCUCAUGUCUGAGGACCGGCAUUCCUCUCCCCCUCCCCGUUAGUCAUCACAGGUUGGCGAUAGCGGGAAUCUCCAACUCACACUCAGUCAUGGAGACCCUUGUCCUAAGACCAUGAGUCUUCUUUUCUUUUUUUCCCUAGCUCCAGAGAGGCUGCCAGUGUCUCUUCUCUUUAACCUGGGGUUAGAGCAAUGUCACCAAAAUCAGCCAUGGGGACUCAAAAAGUCUUCUUUGCCUUUGCAUCCAGGGCCCAGUAGCUGGAUGGAUAGAUGGAUGGAUGAGUGGGGAGGGAUUUAAGGCAAGAGCAAGCAUCUCUCCCAGCUCCAGAUGCCUCACUUCUUGCUCCAGGCCUCUAUCUCCGACCCCCCCCCCCCCCCACACACACACACACACAGUCAGCAAAGGAGUGUGUCUGUCAUACCAGAACAGGAGAGCAGCUGCUUCUGGAACUGAAAGCACCUCACCAGGCCAGCAGGUAAAGGCUAAACAGGCAAAUAUGCCUAUCUGCAAGACAGAAAUGUUUCUACCUGUUAUGUCCUCAACUCUGGCUUUAUCAGUAGUAGACUCUACCCCCAGAUGAUCAGAUAAAUCAAAAUCCUUAAAAGCAGAACCCUUACCCAAGAUAAACUCCUUGGAGCCAGGAGUCUUAAUUGAGAGCAGCAGCCAAGGAGAUCUAAGUUAAUUUUAGCAGGUCUUUCACUUGGACUUUAUACCUGCAUUAUGACUCUACUGCUCAUGGUGGCCUUUUUUUUCCCCUGGGGAUAGGGUAUAGAGAGAGAGAGAGAAAGAAAAAGAAACAACUGUAGCAUGUUCUACCACUUACCACUUACCCCCCCCCCCCAACAUACACACACACAAGUGGGAACUAGGGGCUUGAACCUGGGUCCUCAAGCAUGGUAAUAUGUACAGUCUACCAGGCAGGCUACUGCCCAGUCCCAUGGGAACCUGAUAAUUUAUUGUUAGUGUUUUCGAAUUGGCAGAUGGUUUAGAGAUAUGUGUUGUUUUUAAAGACAUGAACAGGGGCUUUCUCUGGUUUCUGCCCUCUUAGAAAAUUUUUCAAGGUUGGGAUAAUUACAUUCCCAGAUCCAUACUUAGAUGUUUGUUCAAACAAGAGAGACCCAAGCGUCAAGGGCCCUAAAGCAGUGCAGGCCCUCUGACAAUUGAUACAGAAAAAGUCAGAUGUCUCCACCCCAAUCUUUCUAUCCCCUGUGGCUAGGCAGUCCCUGCACCCCCAGAUGUAGAUCUGUCCCCAAAUUCCCGCCAUCGCCACCUGCCACCCCACCACCUUCAUUGUCAUGCUCCAGGGUCACCCUGGCCAGCUCUUGUGCUGGGACAGGGGAUUACACCAUCUCUGUUCAAAGAGGGGGAACCGUGCCUAUGCCUUAAGCCAAUGCACUCAGCAAGGAGAAGCACAUCCUAUUUAUCGCGUCCUUACCUGUCCUUUAUUUGGGGUGAUUGGAGGGGAGUGGGGGAGUCACACAAUGGAAGUGUCUUCAGAACCAGUUAACUACCCAGGGACUGGCAGACUAGACUCCUGGGAGCCCAGGCUGGGGACAAAGGGGCUCAGGUGGCUCUAGCUGCCACCUGGCUCCCUGUGGCCCUGAGACCCUCAGUGAAGUAGUGUUUGAUGCAGUCCUGAAUGCCUUUUUUUUUUUUUUUUACUCGACAUAGUUUUUUCAUUUGUUUGUUUGUUUCUUUGUUUUUUUAUCAUUUCACAAAUGGGAAGUGUGGUUGGAGGAGAUGAGGAAGAGAUCUGAGGUCCCUGAAUAGACACUCAAGGGGGUGGGAAAAUGCAAGUUGUGUGCCACUUGGCCACUUAGAAAUAGGGACUGGAGUGGGGGGGGGUUCCACUCUGACUAGUGGUCCUGUUGGCAUCCAAACCUCAGGCCCCCUGCAGUUGCUCUUGCUCAGCAUUCCAUACAGAAGAGGCAGUCUGCUCAGAGACCCUAAGACCACAUAAGUAGUAGAAGUGGGGCCUUACUCAUACAAAUGUAUCAGGUCACAGGGGAUCUGUAUGAUUUAUAUCCUGUGGGGUCAGACUUGUAGAAGCUGCACACACCACACACAGGGUUCUGCCAAGCCAGGAAAGAUGUUCCUUGGCAACUAGAAGCAUUUAUUUAUAUCCUUCAGAUAAACAAGUGUGGCUGUGAUGUCCUUUAUGGCUGUAUACCCAUAGAUAUGGUUGUUUUAAGAAGACAACCAUUUUGGUAUUAGCCAUGCCAUACACUUGAUCCCUGGAUGGGAAGAAAAUAAACAGUUCUCUGGGCCUAUUUCCUCUGAUUUUAUUUUGACCAUAAAACAAAAGUCUGAGAUCAGCACUUUGGAAAUUUUAUACCACUAGAAAUAGCUGAUGUGAUUCUACUUGUAAAAAUUUAAUCCCAAAGGUGAUGGGAUCACAAACGGAAUGAAAACAAUAACAACCAAGAAUAGAAACCAAGCACCAGUAGGAGAAAGACAUGAUAUAAAAUCCUGGGUUUUAUUUGUGCUCAGUGGCCACAGUAUAUCAGGUAUGAAGCCUAGAUUUAAGUAUGGGCUUCAGUUCAGACUUCAGAAGUCAGUAAAAUGCUUUCUACAUUUUUCAAUGUAUCUUUUUUUCCCUCCUUCAAACUUCCUCUAACUAAAAUAUUUGUCCAUGGUCAUGAGAGCAAAUUUUACCUGAACUCUGGAAAAAUAUAUAUCUUUUACAUUAAAAAUCUCUGAUCAUCUUUAAUUGCAAAACAUGAGAUUCUUUUUAAUCUUUGUAUCUUCUAGAAAAUCAUACCUUUCAUUAUAUUAAACAGUGGGUAGGGUAACAUAGAGCUCCAGUGACUCUUCCGCAUUCUAGAAGUUUUAGUGACUACUCUUCAGAGGAGUUUUAUAUACUGAAACUUGAUCACCAGAUAUGUCUAUCACUGAGUCCACUUUGGUUAUAAGUCAUCAAAGUCCAGUCUUGAGCAACUUGCAGAGUGUGGUGAAGGUCUUCAGAGACACAGUAUCUAGGAAGACCUGGAUCUGAGGCUUUUAAAUUGUUAUGUUACUGAAGAUAUAGAUUAUAUGAACUUAAACUUUGAACUUCCUCUGUAUCCAUUUUCUUUGGGAUGAUUUUCACUGACAAUCUAGCAGUUAUAGACAAAAGAUUGCUUGAGGUCAAACUCUAUCAAAGGGAUCAGUUCAUCCUGUUUCUGUAAACAGCAUAGCCCUAUAUCACAGCCACAUCUUCCCACCUCCCCAGAGUCUUUGACUGAGCACAUACUGUCCCAUCUGGGGGGAGUAGCAGUGCUACAAUCCUCCUGGCUCAUAAAACAGAAAAUACUAUCUGGUCCCUGGCAAGCUGAGGCCAUGCAUGCUAUAUGCCAGACAUGGGAGGGAAAUAGGGGAACUUCACAACAAGGUUUGGAAAAAAAACACCACAGAAAAGGCCAGCCUUACACAAUGUCCAACAGCAACUCACCUGUCCAAGAAACAAAGGCUCAUAGGAUUCCUGAGAACAGAGAAGGUGGGGUUAGGGAAAGUGUCCUGGCAAGCAGAAGCUGUGCUCUCCCAGAGUUUUGGCCACCAGGGUUAUCAGUGGGACUCAGUGCCUGCAUAACAUCACUAUCCCAGACAGCCUUUAUUUACCUUUUCAUAUAUAUAUGGAGAGAGAGAUGAGAGACAUAGAGAGGAGAAGAGAAACAGGAGUAGAGGCACUGCUAUACGGACUUCUGAGGCUUCACAGUUGCCAGUGGAGCUGUAGAGGGAGUCUUGAACCUAAGUCCUUGUAUAUGGUCCAGCACCUGGCUCCCAGGAGAUUUUUUUCUUAAGAUGCUUAGUAGAUAGAGGGUUAUCACCCCCCCAGCCUUGUCAUUGUGUGACAAGAAGUGAGAGAUGAGUCCUGAGAUAUAAAUUCAGGAUCUCUUUCCAUUUCUAUAGUCCUCACAGUCAGUCACAUCUACAGUGAACUACUGGCACUAUGAUCAUGCCAGGUAGGAAGGGACAGUGGGACCAGCAGCUCCUUAGAAGGUUCUAUGAAGACAUCUUAAACUGAACAGGAAGAAAAUAGACAGUUUAGUGUUUCCUUCUAGCCUUGCUGGAAUGAACUAACUCAUUGCCACUUUGACUUGGUUCCCAAGGAUUUGCAUCUUUGUUCUUUUGGGGGAGGGAAGACAAAGGAUCUCAUGUGAACUCCAACACCUGUACCUUUAUUCUAUCCCUUUCACUCAACCCAUCCCUAUCAGCUUGACUCUUAUACUCAAUACUGUUAUUGUAGUAUCAGUUAUGCAAAAGUUCUUGUAAGGAUGAAUAUUCACAUAAUUAACAAAAUGUCUUUAUAUUGGAAACCACGACCUUAGACUAAUCCCUCACCAGGUAAAAACAAAGGCACCUUUUGGCAUUUUAUCUGAACCCAACCAAAGGAAGGCAUACUUCCCCUCACAGGAGCAGCUGAAUGAGAGCAUCUUGCUUUGGCUUAUUUUAGAUGAGGUAACAUGAUGCUUGACCCAAAGAGAAACAUUUCUCCAUUUGUACACCUGAUCCUUAAUUUUUUCAGCACAGAAGGUGACAUUCUCCUCUAAGUAAGCUGUCAUGUACAAAACCCCUCCUCUCUCUCUCUCUCUCUCUGCAUCAGGAAAUCUCAAGACACAGAAAGGUAGUCAAGAGAUUGCUAGAAUGAUCUACUUUCAUGGAGGCCCAGUAGCAAUGCAAGAGGAAAUAUACUAGAAUGUAAAGAAAUCAUCUUCAAAGACAUGAAUUUUAUCUCCAAGAUAAAGUCUCUCUUUGACUCUUGCAUCAGCUUCUAGCUGGAAGGUUUCCCCCAUGUCUAACAUGUUGCCAUUAAAGCUGUCUCAGCCACUACACUGGAAUUACAGGUAUAUCUCCUUCAUUGGGGACAUCAGGAUCCAUUGUUAUAUAACUUCCUCUAGAGUUUCUCAUUCCCAAAGCCCCAUCUCUGAUAAGAGGUAAAGCAUUCCAAAACCUGCUGCCCCUCCCUACACACACACACACACACACACACACACACACACAGCAGCACUUGCUUCUGUAAUUCUAAAAUAAAAAAUUAGCUUCAUGAUUAAAAUCUUGAGAUGCUUCAGGGUAGGAUUUAGUGUCAGAGAGAAUAUCUGUAUUUGUGGGGGAGCUCCUGGGAGAAUUAUUAUAGCACAAGUGUAAAAGAAAACAGCUCCACAGAGAGGGAGACCCAACUUAGCUAUUUUCCUUGGCUGUCUUCCCUCAUCCCUUUCCUUCUAGACAUACCGCUAGGGUAGGAAAUUGGAAUCACCCUUGUAGAAAAGGAGAGCAAAUCAGGCACUUGGUGCUCUGGAAAGGGUGAUAUCAUAAUAAUAUUGACAUUACCAGGUCCAUAGAUGAGCUCAAUCCAUCAACAGCAAAACUGACUGCUACUCCCUGAGUUUGGCCCAGCAAGUGACAUCUGUAUCACUCCCCUGAGGCCAGAAAUCAUAACAGAGAAUGGAGGAGUUGCUAGGAAGAAGGAGCCUUGUACAGUUCCUAUCCACAAAGCCAGAGCAGAGAUCUAAAAUGGUGCAUUAGAUGCAUAGAUAGCCUCACUAGGGAGAUUGAACAUUAGCUAAGUUUGGAGAAAGAAGGAAACAUCUGUCUCAUCUAAAUGUCACUCUGCACUCCUGGACUGGUGUCUGGCAGUCCCUCUACUUCUCCUUUGGGGUUAUUUUAGUAUAAAGCAGUAAUUCAUAUUCUCCUAAGUGAAUGACUCCAAGCUGUUCCACAGGUUCCAUAGGGACAAAAUCACAGAAAACUGUCCAAGAGCAGAAAGAUAUAAUUUAUUGACAAAGAAGACCAUCAGUGUUUCUUUGGUUUCCCAUGCAUUGAACUCUUCACCUAAUUCAUAAAGCUCUAACUUUGGAAGGACUCUUGAGUUCCUUUGUGAAUCUUAGCAAAGUUCUUUCUCAGAAAAAUCACAGCCACAAAAGUUCAUGUAAAGUCAAGGACAGUAUUUGAACCUAAAGCCCAUCCUAAGAAAGACAAAAACUGUAGUCUAUUCUCCAAAUAUGACAACAAUCCUAAUUUUAGUAUUCAUUGCAUUCACAUAUUUCAUCCUCAAAAUCCUUUUCCAUAGGAUCUAUUUUAGUCCCAAUACACAGAUGUGGAAACUGAAGUUUGGGGAGGUUAAGAAUCUUGCCCAAGACCACUAGCUACAAAAUGUCAGAACUGUCAUGUGGAUCUAACUCCAGAUCACUCUGGUGAAGUCAUCAAGAUGUCAAACUAUGUCUUUAAAUGUUGAGAAGUGUUUCCCACCAGGUUCUAGAUUAGACCUUAUUGAGAAAACAAUGCUGUUAGACUUUACCUCCCUUUCCUUCUGGAGUCUCAUCCAUGACAGUGUUUAAUAAUAAAGUUGCAUCACCUGAAGUGAAUACAGAUGUUCUGUUAAUAACUGAAUCUGGAACCAAAAAUAUAUAACUUUCUCUAUGUGUGUUUGAUAUAUCAAGUCUUAUCCUUACAAAUUGAAAGCUAUCCUUAUAUUCAAGAGAAAAUAUCAAUGUUCAGUGUUCUAUAGGUCUGGCUACACAAGUCAAUAUUUCUACAUACACACCUCUUUUCCUGUUUCUCAUUGCAAAAGGCUUAUUUUUGAUGAGGUCAUCAAUACUAUUUAAUGCUUUGUGCUUCUCUACCUUUACUGGUUGUGAAACUCAAAGAAAGAAUAAGAAAUAAAGGAACUCUAACUCUAGUAUUUUCCCUGAUUCCAUACAACAUGAGACUAGUAAGGACUUGCACUAGGCAUCCCAUACUCAAGAUGGCCACAGAGGCUGUGACAAGGGCUUGAGUUCCACAAACAAACCUUUAUUAUCAUGCCCCAAAACACACAUUCUCCCAGGGACAGGUUCUUUCACCACAACUGAUCUGAAUUGGAAAGAGAACCCAUUUACCAACUCGGAUUUUAACAGUGGCACUCUUUCACCUUGAACCUGUACAUCCAUACUGGUAUCCUAGAUUUGGAAAUAAGGUUGGGGCACUCUACCUGGGAAAGAAGAAGCUGAGUGCUUCCAAAGUUUUUCACAAUUUGGUGGCUUGGGAGCACUUUCAUCUUCUGAUUGAAAGGAUCAGGAUUUGAUAUGUUUAAGUUGAAUGACCUAAAGUCAUUUUCAAUAGUUAACUCAGCCAGAGACUGUCUGAGUUGGUUACAAACUAGUGGGGCCCUGUUAAGGUCCUGCUGUUAACCUGCCCCUGAACAGACGUGAGCACUAAGUGCUGUGGGCAGAGCUCACCAAGCACAACAGACCCAGCCCCAGUGACAGCUGUAGUAUUCUAGUGCUUGCCUGACCCAACCUCCUUAUAAGACCCUAUUAAAUGAGUGAGCUAAAAAAAAAAAAAAUGUCAGUGACCCAGUUGUAGGGUAAGUCAUUCAGGGAUUUUCUUUCAAUGAUGUAGGUAUUCCAAUGGCUAACCAGGAACAAGUACUUUUGAGAUCCAUGGAACUGAUAUCACCAGAACCAGAAAUCAAGCUAUCUUGUAUACCAGAGAAAUCUUCCCCACCCCCCCUUGACCAACCAAAGGAACUUAGAGUAGGCAAAUCUGACCUUGGGUACACUUUGGGUAGGUUUUUUUUUUUCCCCAUUUGAGACCAGGAAGAGGCCAAAGCACCCUUCUGAAGGAGGUCAUGUUUUAAAAGGAAGCAGUACAGAACACUCAUCAUGGUGCUGGCUACAUGCAAGGCUGGAGAAACUAUAUUCUGGUGCUUUUAACAGAAAAAAAUAAGGUCAUAAACAUCCCAGUUGUCUGGAAAUUCUGAAAAAGGAACCCCAUUCCCAUUAAGUAACUGGGUUUGGCCUUUGGGUCACUUUUGCUUUGGUUUUGUUUUGCUUUUCUCUAGGUUUGGGUGUGAUGUAAGAAAAGGAACUUCUAGUUUUGUUUUGAUUUGAAUAACAUCUAUCCUUGCACACUCUAUGCAAAAAUUUUGUAAGCAUUGCAAUAAUGCUGUAAAUUCCAAGGAACUAUUUUAACUUUAUUACACUUUCUGUAUAAAAAAAAAAUCAAAUUUGUAUUUAAUAUUAUUUCGACUGCAGUCUUGUAAAAUAUAUUAAUAAAAAUAAUUAUUGGAAAGAAGGAAA